AUGGAAGUUGGGAGCAACAUUGUCCGGGUGCAGGCCUUACUAAGAGAUGGUAAAACUGAAGUGCCACAGCAGUAUGUGCAGCCAUUGGAAACCAGGCCAGUGCAAACUUUCAAAAAUGUAGAUGAUCUUGACAUGCCACCACCACCGGUCAUUGAUCUUGGCAACACAGCGUCUCUCCACGAACAAUUGGAACGAGCUUGUAGGGAUUGGGGAGCGUUCCAUGUGAUCAACCAUGGAGUUCCAAUAAACUUGUUGGAUGAAAUGAGGAGGGUCAGCCGUUCGUUCUUCGAGGAUUGCUCUAUGGAUCAGAAGCUCAAAUAUUCCUGCGAUCCUAAUUCCCCAGCUUCCGAGGGGUAUGGUAGCCGAAUGCUGGUGGCAUCGAACGACACUGUUUUGGAUUGGAGGGAUUACUUAGAUCACCAUACUUUGCCUCUAGCUCGACAAAAUCCAUCCAAAUGGCCGCACUUCUCUUCCAACUACAGGGAAGUCGUGGCGGAGUAUAGCGAUCGAAUGAACUCUCUUGCCGAAAAACUGUUAGGUUUGAUCUCCGAGACCUUAGGACUACCAUCUCCAUGUAUCAAAGACGCCGUCGGUGAAUUCUACCAGAACAUCACUGUGAGUUACUACCCUCCAUGUCCCCAACCCGAGCUGACGCUCGGUUUACAAUCCCAUUCCGACAUGGGCGCCAUCACACUUCUCAUCCAAGACCAUGUCGGCGGCCUCGAGGUCUUAAAGGACGGUAAAUGGAGCCUCGUUAAGCCAUUACAUAACGGUAUAUUCGUGAUUUUAUCCGAUCAAACCGAGAUCAUAACAAACGGAAGGUACAAGAGCGCGCAACACCGAGCCAUAACCAACGCCGAGGCUGCGCGCCUUUCGGUCGCUACUUUCCAUGACCCUGCAAAGACAAAGAUUAUAUCCCCGGCCUUCGAUCCCCCUAAAUAUCGCCCGGUCAAGUACGGGGACUACGUUUCGUCGUGGUACACAAAAGGGCCCGAGGGAAAACGCAACAUCGACGCUCUUCUCCUUUGACCGAUGCUCUAUAUCGACAAAAAAACAAAAGGUAACAUUUCUUACCUUUUUCUUGAGUCUUGAAAUCUGCCUCAAUAAUAAUGAACACACAUUUGUUUGGCCUAAAGUUUUUAGACAUUGUUGGAGAUCCAUUUUCUUUUGUUGUUUAGAAACUAAAUUAGACAAGAAAUGAUGAUUAUGAUCUUUGCAUUUGUCAUUAUGUUAUUUGUCAAUUUGCUUUUUGUGUUUAUUUCUGAAUUGGGAUUUUUAUUUUUAUUUUUAUUUUUUUCUUGGAAGUAAAAAUUGUUUGUUGUAAAAUAAAAAGGGGGAGGUUAGGUGAAAUAAAAAGUAUUGUAAUGUCUUUGUUUUGGUGUCUCAUUGUUGUGAAGUGUCCCUAUCUGUCAAUGAACUUUUGCUUUAUCUUUA